AAAAAAUUUCUGAAGCGUUGUUAGAAAUUUUUUUAAUCAAAGGUGACAUUUGACUAAAGCAAUUUUUAAAAUGUCUGUUACUUAUGCUCCUCCCCAGAAAGGAAGACCUUCACCUAGCCCAACACAAAUUCAAAAGAUGCUAGAUGAUAAUUCACAGCUUAUUCAAGCAAUUGUUGAUUAUCAGAGCAAAGGAAAAUCUUCUGAAAGUCAUCAUUACCAGCAGAUUCUUCAUCGGAAUUUGGUGUUCUUGGCUUCGAUCGCUGAUGCCGUUCCCAGUGCUCUGCCUCCGCCACCAUCUCAACCUCAAAUGCAUGGUCCAGGUCCAAACCAACAAGUUCCUCCACAUGUUGACCCUGCUGGAUAUCAAGGACAUCAGAAUCAACCUACUGCUGGAAAUAUGAGUCAGAAUCAAAACAUGCCUUCAGGCCAAGUAAAUGGAAAUCCCCCUCAUGGUCCGAUGCCAGGUGUACCUCCGAACUUCAAUAACAACACCCAACCUACUGUUGGACAACCUCAUCAACAAAUGGCCCCAAGCCCUGGACCAGGUGGAAAUCAACCCCAUGGUCCUGUGCCUGGAAAUGCAAACUUCAAUUCUGGUCCACCAACAGCAGUUGGCCCACCACAUCAAGGAGUUCCUCCUAACCAACCUGUUAAUGCAAAUCAGCCACAUGGACCUGGUUCAGGUGUCCCACCAAGUUUUGCCUCUGGCCCUCAAACUCCUGGCGGACAACCUCAUCAAUCAAUGCAGCAAAGUCAAGCAGUCAGUGGAAAUCAACCUCAUGGGCCUGGUGUUCCGCAAAAUUUUAGUACAACACCUCAUCCUCCUGUUGGUCACUCACCUGGUCCCCAGCAGCAAUACCAACAGCAUCAAGGAACGUAUCCAACAAACCAGGCUCAGCCACAGCCACCACAACAGCCUACACAUCCUCAGUAUAGUAGUCCAUCUCCUCAAAGCAACUAUGCCCAGAGCCAUCCUUCUUCCAAUUACAGUAGCCCAUCUCCUCAAAGUUAUCAAGGUGCCUCCUCACAGCAACCUCAAGGAUAUGGGCCAAGUUCCUCCCCCCAUCCUCAGGCAACACAGCAGCAGCAGCAGCAGCAACAACAACAGCAACAACAGCAGCAGCAGCAGCAACAACAGCAGCAACAGCAAUCUCCAGUCCCUCAACAAGCUCAGCAGCAGCAGGCACAGCAACAGCCCCAGCAACAGCAACAACAACCACAGGCUCAACAGCAGCAGCAACAAGCAUCACAACAACCACAGCAACAGCCUCAGCAGCAACCUGUACCCCAGCAACAAACACAACAGCAGCCGCAUCAGCAACAAACUGCUAAUCAGCCUCAUCAGUCCCAGAGCAAUUUCAAUAUUUCUCAGAGCACCACUCCCCAGCCUCAAGUGUACACUACCCAAUCUGCUCAAACCUAUAACCAAACUCAAUCUUACGGUCAACCCCCUACUAAUACACAAUCGCAGUGGUACCAGAAUCAAAGCAAUGCUCAACCUUAUUCUUCCUCCGCAUCCACUCAAUCCAAUUACUCUUCUGGGCCCGUACCCCAGGGUUAUAUGAACCACCCCCAAAAUUUUUCGUCUUCCGGAAAUAACUCCUACCAUGGAUCACCCCCCACCACAACGCAAUCCAAUUAUGGUCCUCCCCCUCAGGGCAAUUACAUCCACCCCAAUUCUGGAACGCCAAAUCCUCAAGGCUCAACCCCUCCUCCGGCUUCUGCCCCCCAGAGCAGAUUCAGCUCUAACUACGGGCAAAAUAAUUAUGCGCAUUACAGACCUGCCUCCCAGCCGUCAGGUAUGGCACAUCCAACUAUGAGUAACCAGAUGGGACCCCCCAGUGUUCACAGACAGGCUGUACCUAAUAGUAACACUCAAGCAUAUAAUUAUGAUCAAAACCAAGGAUAUUCGUAUCAGUCUCAAUAAAUGAAUUCUGCACAUUUUUAUGACAAUUUAGUUUGUUAAAAGUCUUAUUAUUCUUUUCAACUGAUACGAAAUUUUAUCGAAAUCUGUGAUCUUUUUUUUCCCCUUCUCCCUUGUAAGAUUUAAAAAAAUAUAUGAAUUGAUAAGUUUAAACCAUUUUAUAGCUUUGUUUUGUGUUUUUGGUAAGGUACUCUUUGAACUGUUUUCAGGAUGUUUAUUAUUUUUAUCUAUAGUAAUAAUUAAUGCCCAGUGUGUUUGUUUUUCUUGGAGACAUUUUGCACAAGUUAUUGGUGCUGAUUCUGUGCAAAAAAAAAAAAGUGUGCAAAGCAGUCAAAUGCAAAAACAAUCAACC